GAGAGAGAUGGGGUUCGUAGAUGGGAAGAUCGUGGAGGAGUUUUUCGAGGGAAAGGUCUUCCCAAAGACGCUCCUCCCCCGUAACACGUGCGAUCUAGUUGAGAUGGUGCGAAGUGACCGUGAGUGGCUCUCAGAUCUACUGCAGCAGCACGGAGCAAUCCUCUUCAGGGGCUUUAAGGUAUCAUCCGCCCAAGAUUUCGCACGUGUGGUUGAAGCGUUCAAGUGGGACGACAUGCCUUACAUGGGCAUCGCCUCCCGUGUAAAGGUGGACGACAGGAUCUACACCGCCAAUGAAGCCCCACUCCAUCAUUUCCUCAACUUUCAUCACGAGAUGUCCCUGUUAAAAGAGUUCCCUUCGAAAAUCUUCUUCUGUUGUUUGGAACCAUCGCCGGAAGGUGGUGAGACGUCGAUAUUGCCAAGCCACAUUAUAGUAGAGAAGAUGGAGGAGCUUAUGCCAGAUUUCGUAGCGAAAUUAUCCCAGGUCGGGUUCAUUUUCCGUAUUAGAACUGCAACUGAUGCGGAUUCCGGCGACAAGGUCAUUAGCAAGACAUGGAAAGAGGUGCUAAAAACUAACGACCAAGUGGAAGCUGAAAAGAGGGCACUAGAGAAGCUGGCAUGCGACUCCGUGGAAUUCCACGCUGAUGGAAGUGCCGAGUUCAUAUUCGGGCCGAUGGACCCUAUAAGGGAGUUGGGAGGAAGGAGAGUUUGGUUCAAGCCAAUGUUGGGCUACACCAGCAAUGAUAAAGAUGUUAAAAUCAGCUUCGGCGAUGGAAGUCCUUUCCCUCGGGAGGCUAUCGAAGCCUACAAGAAAAUCUUGGACAAGAACUACGUGGAUCUGAGCUGGCAAAAGGGUGAUGUCUUAUUGGUCGAUAAUCUUAGCAUCCAACAUGCGAGGCGGCCUGGGAAGCCGCCGCGUGUAGUGUUGGUGUCAAUAUGUAAAUGAAUUGAGAUGUGCGUAUGGUCUUGUAUUUCAUCAAGUUUAUAAGAAGUUUAUGCUCUUUUUAGAA